AUGGUCUCCACUGAACCCCAUCUCAACUUCCGCUCCUUCGUCGAAGCCCUCAAGGCCGACAACGACUUAGUGGAAAUCAACACUCCCAUCAACGCCAAUCUCGAAGCUGCAGCCAUCACCCGCCGUGUCUGUGAAACGGACGACAAAGCCCCCCUCUUCAACAACAUCAUCGGCUCGCAGCAUGGUCUGUUCCGCAUCCUCGGUGCCCCGGCUUCCCUGCGAAAAUCUUCUAAAGACCGCUAUGGCAGACUAGCCCGUCAUCUGGCUCUCCCGCCCACUGCAUCGAUGCGUGAUAUUCUGGAUAAGAUGCUGUCGGCCAGCACGAUGACCCCCAUCCCUCCGACGGUCUUGGAAACGGGUCCUUGCAAGGAGAACUUCCUUGAAGAAGACCAAAUCGAUCUUACCAAGAUCCCUGCUCCGAUGAUUCACCAGCAUGAUGGUGGAAAGUACAUCCAGACGUACGGUAUGCACGUCGUUCAAUCACCCGAUGGAUCAUGGACGAACUGGUCCAUUGCUCGUGCGAUGGUCUCCGAUGAACGCCAUCUUGCUGGUCUUGUCAUCGAGCCCCAACACAUUUGGCAAAUCCACCAGAUGUGGAAGAAGGAAGGCCGUGAUGUCCCUUGGGCUUUGGCCUUUGGUGUCCCUCCUGCUGCCAUAAUGGCAUCGAGUAUGCCCAUUCCCGACGGUGUCAGCGAGGCUGAAUACGUCGGUGCUAUGACUGGGUCUGCCCUCGAGCUCGUCAAGUGCGACACGAAUGAUCUUCUUGUCCCUGCGACUUCCGAGAUCGUCUUCGAGGGUACCCUCUCGAUCACCGAUCAGGCUCCUGAAGGUCCUUUCGGUGAAAUGCAUGGCUACGUCUUCCCCGGUGAUACCCAUCUCUGGCCGAAGUACACCGUCAACAGAAUCACCUACCGCAAUGAUCCUAUCAUGCCCAUGUCGGCCUGUGGUCGUCUGACAGAUGAGACUCACACUAUGAUCGGUUCUCUUGCUGCCGCUGAGAUCCGCAAAAUCUGCCAGCAAAAUAACCUCCCCGUAACGGAUGCCUUUGCUCCCUUCGAGUCCCAAGUCACCUGGGUAGCCCUCCGCAUCGACACAGGGCGCCUCCGCGAAAUGAAAACCACUUCUGUUGAGCUAAGAAGACAAAUCGGUGAUUUGAUCUUCAAUGCCAAAGCCGGCUAUACCAUCCACCGACUCGUGCUUUGCGGUGACGACAUCGAUGUGUACAAUGGGAAGGAUGUCAUGUGGGCUUUCUCGACGAGAUGUCGGCCCGGUUCUGAUGAGACGUUCUUUGACGAUGUUCGGGGCUUCCCACUCAUUCCGUAUAUGGGCCAUGGCGCUCAUUCAAAGACUCAUGGCGGAAAGGUUGUUUCUGAUGCCCUGAUGCCUGCUGAGUAUACCACCGGUCGGGAUUGGGUGGCUGCGGACUUUGAGUCUUCGUAUUCCGAGGAAUUGAAGAGCAAGGUUUUGAAUAACUGGACUAAGAUGGGAUUUCGGAAGGAUUAA